AUGUUGGAAACCGAAACGCCUUUUUUGCCUAAAAAAGCAUUGGUCUUAUCUAAAUUUUCUAGAUAUGAGUUUGAAAAAAGAAGGCAUGCAGAUCUUUCUGAAGAUGAACUUAUAAAAAAUCUUGAAAAUAGAGGUUCAGACUAUAAUAACCUUCUUCAGCAUCAUCAAAUACAUAGGAAGAAUCGAGAUUUGGUUGUCAAAACUUUGCAAGAAAAUGGAGUUGAAACAAAAGUUGUGAAUCGCUUUGACUAUAAUGAUUCAAACAUUGAAUGGGCUGAUGUAGUAAUUACUACUGGAGGAGAUGGCACUUUUUUAAUGGCAGCAAGUAAAAUUCGGAGCAAAGAUAAACCUCUGAUUGGAAUCAAUAGUGAUCCUACCAGGUCAUUAGGUUAUCUAUGUUUGCCAUCAUUUUACACAGAAAACUUUCCAGAAGCAAUGAAAAGGUUAAAGAGUGGCAAUUACAGAUGGAUGCAUCGUAAACGAAUUAAAGUGACGUUAAGUGGAGAGCAUGCUUUUGCUCAGCCAGUAGAACUUCAUGAUCAACAACUGCAAUAUCCAGAAUAUCGUUUCCUAGACUGUGUUGAGGAACCUCAAAACAGUGCCCCAAAAGUGCCUAAACUGGAAUCAAAACUCAUGCGUGAGUUACCGGUACGAGCAUUGAAUGAAGUUUUUGUUGGGGAAUCUUUGUCAUCAAGAGUGUCAUAUUAUGAGUUUGCUUUGGAUAAAUCACCGAAAGAAAAGAUCAAAAGCUCUGGGUUGACAAUAUGCACGGGCACUGGAUCUACAUCUUGGUCGUUUAACAUAAAUAAAGUAACUGAACAAUGUGUAAAAGAACUUCUGAAAAUCACUGCAGAAGAAACUAAAACUGAUAUCUCUACUACUGACCCACAAUUGAUCACACAAAUUACUUCAAGAUUUAACAAUUCUUUAAUUUUUGAUCCUACAAAAUCACUUAUGGCUUACACAAUUAGAGAUCCAAUAGUAUUUGGAAUGGGACUCAAAAGUAAGCCACGUGGGUUUGCUGAAAGGAUUGAAGUCAAAUCUCGAAUGUUUGAUGCCUGUCUUGUUAUUGAUGGUGGCUUAUCUUUUCCAUUCAACGAUGGUUCUACUGCACUUUUAGAAAUAAAUGAUGAAGAUGCAUUGCUUACUGUUACAUUACCACAUUAGCUUUGUAUUGCUAGUGAUUGGCCUUUUGUAUGUAGCUAUGUACAAGAUCUGAAUUGCA